AUGAUCGCAGAGAAGCCCAAUUGGGUGAGGCAUGAGGGAAUGCAGAUAUUCUCCAUUGAUGUGCAGCCUGGUGGACUUAGGUUUGCAACUGGCGGAGGUGAUCAUAAGGUUAGGAUAUGGAACAUGAAGUCUGUUGGCAGGGAUUUGGGAAAUGAUGAAUCAAAUCAAAGACUCCUUGCAACCCUCCGUGAUCAUUUUGGAUCAGUCAACUGUGUUAGGUGGGCUAAGCACGGUCGAUAUGUUGCAUCAGGGUCUGAUGAUCAGGUGAUUUUUGUUCAUGAGAGGAAACCCGGUUCAGGAACCACAGAGUUUGGCAGCGGAGAGCCUCCCGAUGUUGAGAACUGGAAAGUUGCAAUGACUUUGAGGGGACACACUGCAGAUGUGGUGGAUCUUAACUGGUCUCCAGAUGAUUCAAUUCUGGCUAGUGGUAGCUUGGACAACACGAUCCACAUCUGGAAUAUGAGCAAUGGUAUUUGCACGGCUGUUCUCAGGGGUCACUCUAGCCUUGUUAAAGGAGUUGCCUGGGAUCCCAUUGGCUCUUUCAUAGCUAGUCAAUCUGAUGAUAAAACUGUCAUAAUAUGGCGGACAAGUGACUGGAGCCUUGCUCAUAGAACAGAAGGCCACUGGGCAAAAUCACUGGGAUCUACAUUUUUCAGGCGGCUUGGGUGGUCACCUUGUGGGCAUUUCAUAACUACCACCCAUGGUUUCCAAAAGCCAAGGCAUUCUGCUCCUGUUCUUGAAAGGGGGGAAUGGGCUGCGACAUUUGACUUCUUAGGACACAAUGCCCCAGUUAUUGUUGUUAAGUUUAAUCAUUCAAUGUUCAGAAGAAAUUUUUCCAAUACUCAAGAAGUGAAAGCUGCAUCCAUUGGGUGGACAAAUGGGGCUUCCAAGAUUGGAGGAAAAGAUUCACAACCAUAUAAUGUUAUUGCAAUUGGGAGUCAGGACCGAACUAUAACUGUAUGGACAACAGCAAGUCCUCGUCCUCUCUUUGUAGCCAAGCAUUUCUUUACUCAAAGUGUAGUGGAUUUAUCCUGGAGUCCUGAUGGGUAUUCACUGUUUGCUUGUUCCUUGGAUGGAACUGUGGCAACAUUUCACUUUGAGGUGAAGGAACUUGGCCACAGGCUAAGUGAUGAUGAACUUGAUGAGUUAAAGAGAAACCGUUAUGGUGAUGUUAGGGGUCGACAAGCAAACUUGGUGGAGAGCCCAGCACAGUUAUUGCUUGAAGCUGCUUCGGUGAAGCAAACUACAAGCAAAAAAGUGGUUCCAGAUGUUCAGGACACCCAGAUGCCUGUAAAAUCAUCUGUAGACUUGGGGCGUACAUCAAAAACUUCGGAAUCUCAAAUUGAUGAUGCAAGGAAAACUGGGACAGCUGGGAGUGAUGGGCUAAAUAAAGUUUCUAGUUCUGCUAGGAUUUCUAGUCCAGUAAAGCAAAAGGAAUACAGGCGCCCUGAUGGGAGAAAGAGGAUCAUCCCAGAAGCUGUUGGAAUGCCAAUUAAUCAGGAGAACAUUACCGAUGGCGUGCAGUCCCAAUCACAUGAUUUUCCUAUUGUCUCAUCCGACCAGAGGAAGGAUGAUAAUGGGGUAAUUGCUGCAGAGAGUGAUGGGAAAGAUAUCUCUUUGAGAACAACUAGCAAAAGCUCUGAUAUAAAGGAGUGUUCUGGGGCCACGGCUCGGGCUACUGUUGUUGACAGCCUUGUUAUUGAGAAAGUUCUGGGAUCCCCUAGCAGAGAUGGAAUUGUUGAACAACCUGGCAGCACAAAGGCUUCUGGUUCCUUAGCUGCUUCUAGUACC